AUGCAACAUGCCCAGUACACCAACUACCAUUCGGCAUCUCAGCCAUCCCCGCCAAUGGUUUCUUACUCAAACAACACUUCACCAUCACCAACUUUCUCUCCGCCUUCACCCACUUAUAUGGGUACCGAGGCUAUGACCACUCGAUCAGUCGAUGAGUGGCAGUUGGCAGCAUGCUAUCCCAAUAUGAGCGAUGAUCGAUUUGCAAUGUCGACAUUGAACAGUGCUGUUGAUGCAUACAGCCUUGGAUACAUCGAUACUACUCCACCUACGCCUUCCUCCUACAUGCCUACCCAGCCAUUACAGCCAACUCUUCCUGAAGCAGCCAUCCAAGUGCUGGACGAGCCAGAAGAGGAGGGAGAAAUUCUUAUUGGCAUGGGGCUUUACGAUACUCCCGGUAAAUAUGAAGAGGACCCACACCUGAACAACUACCGGUCUACUGUAUCGUCUCUCCUCGGAUCCUCAGUCCGACCUCGGGAGCCUACUGGCAAGGGCCUGAAACUGGAGGAGACUUGGGAGCCCCCAAAAUCUGAUAAUGAGGAGGAGGAUGAAGAAGAGGAAGAGGAAGAGGAAGAUGAUAAUUAA